AUGCCUGGCUAUUUAUUCGACUCUAAACAGUUUGCCGAGGCCUGCGGGGCGGAUUUGACAAACGUUUCUAUGGUUGAACCGUUUGAAACAGUUAUAGCCAACGCCAAUUUAAGCACAUUUAAAUUUAUCUUGCUAAUUAUGCCCGCUGUGAUUCUUGCGUUUUUAGCAUUUGUGUGUGUAAUGUUGAUUCGUAAAAUGCGAAAAAAUAACAUUAUUCCUUUUAUUGGAACUUUCACCUCACUAUUCGGUUUUUUUGCGGGCGGAGCUGGUCUUGCUCUCACAAUUGUUACCUUUUGGAAAGGACUUGAGAAACUUGAACCAAGGGUUGAGGGAUUAUCACACCAAUGGGGUCCUUCUAUUUACUUGGUCGGUGUCGGUAGUGGCUGCGCAUUGUUCGCGUUUGUAUGUUUUGUUAUCAGUUUAUUUUCUCAUUCUUCUGAUAAGUAUAAACGAGAAACAUAUAAUUUGUACGACUACUCAGAAGGCGGUGCAAACUCGACAUCACCCAAACCUUACGAUGCAACAACCAAGUUGAACUCUUCUGUAAAACACGAUAGCUAUAAUGAUUAUUAUCAUGCAGUUUCAAGCCCCACAGUACCGACUUAUCCCUCCUAUUACCAGCCACAACAGCAGUAUCAGCAGCAAUAUAAUAGCAAAGAAACAUCUUAUCAGCAACCUUCUGGCAAUUACUACUAA